AUGGAUCCGACGGUCAAGCCAUGCGAUGAUUUCUACAAAUUCGCUUGUGGAGGUUUCCUUAGGGACACGAUGAUACCGGACGACCGAUCGGAAAUCGACGUUUACAGCAUGAUCAGCGACAAGCUUCAAAAGCAGCUCAGAGCCAGUAUCGAAGAGGAGAGCAAACCUGAGGAUCCAAGGCCCCUCAGGCUCCUCAAAACUUACUACCAAAACUGCAUGAACAAGACCCAUAUUGAGGAGCAGGGACUAGAUCUGCUAUACCAAAAUCUAAAGGAAUUGGGUGGGUGGCCAGUUCUGAUGAAUAAUUCUUGGGUCGAAGACGACUGGAGCUGGACUGAAUCUGUCUAUAAGUUACGCAAAAUGGGCUACUCGGUUAAUUAUUUUAUCAGCAUCCGUAUGGAUACCGAUUUGAAGAAUAACACAAAACGCAUCAUCUACUUGGACAAAACCGCACUGGGUAUUCCACGCUGGUACCUGGCACGAGGCUUAAGGAAUAAAAUUGUGAAAUCUUACUUGGAGUACAUGGUCGACAUUGCCCAAAUCCUCGGAGCCGAUCGGGACUACGCCGCUGAACAACUCAAGGAGUCACUGAAGUUUGAAAUCAAACUCGCCAACAUCUCACUUCCAAGUGAGACACAGCACAACGCCACGGCUCACUACAACCCAAUGACCAUAGCCGAGUUAUCAAAAAAAUUUCCGUCCAUACCUUGGAUGGAAAAUCCAAAGUGGUGGAAAAGACGCUUUGUACUACAACGUGAUCUUACGUUAGCAUUUGCCUUCGGUCUUUUGUACAUCACCAACAAUUUUAGGAACUGUGAAGCGAUUCCUAUUGUCGCACCAACUGAUGCCGUAACGCUACUUCACACAACCAAAUUCCUGAAAGAAACUAGUGGGCAAGAGACCCCUCAGGAAGCCCAGAAACCAUUGGCGAUCUGUGACUCACCAGGAUGUGUACACACUGCUUCAUCGAUAUUAAGGAACAUGGAUCCGACGGUCAAGCCAUGCGAUGAUUUCUACAAAUUCGCUUGUGGAGGUUUCCUUAGGGACACGAUGAUACCGGACGACCGAUCGGAAAUCGACGUUUACAGCAUGAUCAGCGACAAGCUUCAAAAGCAGCUCAGAGCCAGUAUCGAAGAGGAGAGCAAACCUGAGGAUCCAAGGCCCCUCAGGCUCCUCAAAACUUACUACCAAAACUGCAUGAACAAGACCCAUAUUGAGGAGCAGGGACUAGAUCUGCUAUACCAAAAUCUAAAGGAAUUGGGUGGGUGGCCAGUUCUGAUGAAUAAUUCUUGGGUCGAAGACGACUGGAGCUGGACUGAAUCUGUCUAUAAGUUACGCAAAAUGGGCUACUCGGUUAAUUAUUUUAUCAGCAUCCGUAUGGAUACCGAUUUGAAGAAUAACACAAAACGCAUCAUCUACUUGGACAAAACCGCACUGGGUAUUCCACGCUGGUACCUGGCACGAGGCUUAAGGAAUAAAAUUGUGAAAUCUUACUUGGAGUACAUGGUCGACAUUGCCCAAAUCCUCGGAGCCGAUCGGGACUACGCCGCUGAACAACUCAAGGAGUCACUGAAGUUUGAAAUCAAACUCGCCAACAUCUCACUUCCAAGUGAGACACAGCACAACGCCACGGCUCACUACAACCCAAUGACCAUAGCCGAGUUAUCAAAAAAAUUUCCGUCCAUACCUUGGAUGGAGUACUUCAACACCAUAUUGGCACCAAUAACUAGCGUCACAGAAGAUGAGGUUGUCGUCGUAAAAGCACCUAGUUUUAUUACAGAACUUGAGAAGUUACUUGUACAGACGCCCAAGCAAGUACUGGCAAACUACUUAAUGUGGCGCGUUGCUGGAAGUUCUGUAAGAUACCUGAACGAUGAGAUCAGGGAGCCACUACUUACCUUUUCUACUACAAUCAGUGGUAAAACCGAGCGCGAGCCACGUUGGAAGGAGUGCGUCAAUUUAGCCAGCAUUUAUUUUCCCGUGGGUAUGGACGCGCUCUACGUGAGGAAGUACUUUAACGAAGACACGAAAAAGUUAGCCAUUGAGAUAUUCUCGGACAUUAGGACACAGUUCAUAAAAAUCCUGCAUACAAUCGACUGGAUGGACAACAAAACGAGAGAGGCUGCCCUGGAAAAAGCCCAAUCCAUGACCACUUAUAUAGCGUAUCCGGACGAGCUGCUGGACGAUAAAAAGCUUGAGAAAAUCUACGAAAAACUGGAGAUCUCAUCGGGAAGUUACUUUGGAAGUACUCUUAACCUGACGCUGUUUGGAACUGAGUCCAUCUUCGAGAUGUUAAGAAAUCCAGUCAACAAAAGCGAGUGGUUCAGCCAAAAUAAUAUUGCCGUCGUCAACGCGUUCUACUCGUAUAACGAAAACAGCAUACAACUACCAGCUGGCAUCCUUCAGGGGGCAUUUUUCAAUGACGACCGGCCUAAGUACAUGAACUACGGUGCCAUCGGUUUUGUGAUAGGCCACGAAAUCACCCACGGUUACAGCGGUCUGGGCAAACAAUUCGAUAAAAAUGGUAACCUGGUCGAUUGGUGGGAGGAGGAAACCGAAAAGAAAUUCCUUCAAAAAGCUAAGUGUAUCGUGCAUCAGUACGGCAAUUACACGUCCAAGGAAGGUCAUCUUAAAAUAAACGGCGUAAUAACCCAACGCGAAAACAUCGCGGACAACGGAGGCAUCAAAUUGGCCUAUCUGGCCUACAACGAAUGGGUGAGACGAAAUGGUCCCGAAGCUCAUCUUCCGGGUCUUAAUUACACUGGCCGACAGAUGUUCUGGUUGAGCACGGCCAACACUUGGUGCAGCAAGUACCGACCCGAGGCGCUCAAACUACGUAUCACCCACGGACAGCAUAGUCCUGCCGAAUUUCGGGUCCUCGGACCUAUGUCCAACAUGCCCGAGUUUUCCAAGGAUUUUAACUGUCCGCUGGGCACAAAAAUGAAUCCCAAGGAUAAGUGCGCUGUGUGGUAA